UACGUGUGCGUUUGUGUAAAACGUCAUCACGCCCUAGUAACCUCGGCAGCGUCUUGGGAAGAUAGAUCGCUAGCUAAAGCAACAAGAUGGUGAGUUAAAUUGACUGUGAUAAAUUGCUAUUAUAAUGUAGAUCGAACUGAAUAAAUGCAUAAUAAACAAUACUAUCGAAUAUAUUUUUUUUCUUCAAAUUACUGCCACUGUACCCUUUAAGACAUUCAUAAAUUGGUGAAAAAUAAAGAUGUUUCAAAAGCUGACUGCAGCGCCAGCGGUCUUGUUGCGCCAUUGGUUUAGCUAGCAUCAUGAUGAGAUGUGUAGUAUAGCUAACUAGCUAGGUAAACUCCGUUAACUGUUGCUAGCUACAUAACUAGUUCAGUCGCUUCAGAACACUUUCCCUCUUUGAAACCACCGUGUCAUCCUGAAGAGAGCGUCAUUAUUUCGAGAAUCAUUCUCUAUUUUCUGUAUCCUCUCUGCGCAUCCUCUCAAGUCGCAGGCAUCUGUUCGGCCUGUUGUCGAGGGAUGCAAGUAGCUAGCUAGGUACAGUAGUUGGCUAAUUUAGAUAGCAGGUUUACUAGCAGAUUGUAACGAACUAAUGUGAACCUCCAUUAUCCGUUACAGGUUGGGUACUGUUUUGCAUAACACAGAUAAUUUUCCACUAACCUUAACUUGGCGAUGCUUCCUCAAUGGUCGACAUGGAAGACAGCCAAUGUCUUCUAAACAUCCCCCAAAAAUGUAUAGUUGCAGGGGGUUUGUUUGAAUUUAGAGAAUGCUCCAUGAAGUAAUCCAACAAUGUGUAUGCCGCCAUCUUGUCUAUUUAAAAGGUGAGUGGCACUUUGGGGUGGACACCCACCUGUCUCAAUCAAUGAGAGAAGAUUUGAAAUAGUCAAGAUGGCAGCAACAUUUUUAACAGCAGGCUUGCCAGAAGUUUCCGACCCUACCCUUACACUUGUUUACACUGAGCUGCACUGGGGUCGGAACGCAAUCAUGGUUACAUUAAGACACUGUGGAGCCUGCCCGAGAUAUGGUUUGAAAAACGUACCUCAAAGCAGGGAUGGGAUAUGCCACCUGUACUCCAAAUGUUACCUUUAUCCACACUGAUACAUUGAGAAGAUUGAAAUACUGCUAGUUUUCCUGGAAAACUGCCCUUUUCGUGCUCAUGCUAGCUAGCAGUAGCCACCGCAGCCAUUUUGGAAUGGCACUGUCGGCCAAUCAGCUCCUUUGUUGUUCAACGCAACAUGCCAUUCCAAAAUGUCUGCAGUGGCUACUGCUAGCUAGUAUGAGCACGAAAAGGGCAGUUUUCCAGGAAAGCUAGCAGUAUUUAAAUCUUCUCAAUGUAUCAGUGUGGAUAAAGGUAACAUUUGCCGUACAGUGGCAUAUCCUAUCCCUGCAUUGAGGUAUGUUUUCCGACACAUAUAUUUUGUUCCGGCUCCAUGGUGUCUUAAACGAAAGAUUCACCCAUUUUGAAUGUUGUAUUGUUUUUGUGCAUCUCUGGAUGAUGUUCUAUCGAUUCCCUGGGUCAUUUCAUGUUUUUUUGUGUAUUUGAGUUAUUGGCGUUCAAGCAGGCAGAAAUCCGGCCGGUAUGACGUAGCACUGUGAUAAAGUCGCUCUCACUACACUGGAAGUUAAUAGGAAUACGACUUUUAGAUUGCGAAAAUGUAUAUCAUACAUGUCAGAUUUCAAUACUGGCCAAUGUCAUAACUCGGGAGGAUGUCUUCUCUCGAAUGAGCCAUUGAUCAUAUUUUUGCGAUAUUCCUAUCUCAAUAAAAAAAAUAUUUAACGGAGGGUCUAGCACAUUAUUUGUCUGCCUCUUUAGUCCAGGGUGCAUUGCAUGGUGCCGUUGCCAGAUAUAUUAUAGAAAGGAUAUAGGAAUCCAAUUAAUUAAGGAACGUAUAACGCCCCACCCAGCAGACUGUCGACCAAUCGCGUUCAUGUUGUCAAGCUGCGUCACACGGUUGCUAAGCUAAUCGUCACAUAAUCCCUUCUCAAAGUCAGUGUAUACUGUAUGUCAAGAAACGUGCCUAUUUUCCUCGAAAGUACGCAGUGUCACGAUUCCAAAGCUAUACGAUAUUACAGAUAGCAAGUUAAUUAUCUCACAUCUCUGAAAAGAUUUGUAAUGUUGUACUUCUUGUUGAUGAAAUUCGUGCUAAUGUUGGGUUUUUGAGCUAGCGCCCAAUAGACUCCCAUUCACUCCUUGACAGAGAGCGCUCCUUGUCCUAGAAUAGCCCAGAAUGCACCGCACGGCCCAUUGACGUAGCAUGGGCAACGUUUCCCAUUUCCUCAAAAGUAUAUCUGCCAUUGCGAAUGUUAGACAACUCUGUGAGGCACAUCUAUCUGCAGGUUGAACAUGGUGAGAUUGUAGACUCCUAAAUUGAUUGUGCAGUGUGUUUAGGCUAUUUUACAGCUGAUAUUGUUUUUGGUAUUAUUGUGUGUAGCUACGUUUGCUAGCUAGCCAGCCAGCCCAUAGAGAGAGCAUUGCGUUGUGGAUUUUGUAGUCGACUUGAGCUGCAACAGAUUUCCACAACAAUUUUCCAUGUUGCUACCAACCUUAUUAUAACGGCAAAAUGAAACAUUGGUUCACAAAAAAUAUUGUUCUCACAUAUUAAUGUUAUUUAACACUAAAUUCAAAGGAAUGAGUGGUUUUGGGUGGAUUUUUCCUUUAAUGUAACCAUGAUUGCGUUCCGAACCCAGUGUAAACGAGCGUAACGGUAGGGUCGGAAUCUUCUGGCGAAUAGCCAGUAUGCUCCUGUAGCUCCUCCAUUGGUCAUGUCACGACUCAGGAUAACCCAUAACGGAUCGGAUUUUGAUAUGUUGCAGGGUUUGCUGUCAAUCCUUCGAAAGCUAAAGAGCACACCUGAUCAGGAGGUUCGGAUCUUGUUGCUGGGUUUGGACAACGGAGGAAAGACCACGCUGCUGAAACAACUGGCCUCUGAGGACAUCAGUCACAUCACCCCCACACAGGUAAUGAGGAACACACACACACACAUUUAGGGGAGCCUAGUAUUUUUUUAUUUGAGGUAGAAUUGCAAUGUGUAAAGGUUUAUACUUGUUGAAGCCAAUUAAGAUGUUGCCUGUCAACACUCCAACAUAUUGAGAAAACACUGUUUUUUUUGUUUUUUUUGUUUUUGCUAUCACUCAUUACUGUAGCCUAUGCUAUUUAAUACUGUAAACUGUAGUAUCUAUCCACAAUGGACUAGGAUGAGAAUAUUCCGUGCCCCCAGUCGAAUUGGAGUUGAUGACAACGCAAAGACCGUCAAUAACCUACGGAACUUAAGAUGAACUCAUGCAGUAUUAAGCCAUGGAAUACCUUGAUUGGCCAGUGAGUGGCCAAGCCCUAGUCACACCUACAGCGUGUUUAUUCAUCGAAACCCAGCCCUUUCGCGCCACCGCCAGCUAUUGCGCUCAUAAUUCCUGCUGUGAAAAUAGCAAAAAUAUCUCUGACACACCCCCAGACCUAUAGCACUGCCGCCAGCACUUAGAUUUACCAUUGCCUUAGAUUUGUUAAAAUAAAGCCCUACAGCUUGUUUAUUCAUCGAAACCCAGCCCUUUCGCGCCACCGCCAGCUAUUGCGCUCAUAAUUCCGGCUGUGAAAAUAGCAAAAAUAUCUCUGACACACCCCCAGACCUAUAGCACUGCCGCCAGCACUUAGAUUUACCAUUGCCUUAGAUUUGUUAAAAUAAAGCCCUAACACUUUAACCCCCCCCCCCCUCUCUCUCUCUCUCCCUCUCUCCAGGGCUUCAACAUAAAGAGUGUUCAGUCUCAGGGUUUUAAGCUGAAUGUGUGGGACAUCGGGGGACAGAGGAAGAUCAGACCCUACUGGAGAAACUACUUUGAGAACACUGACGUGCUGGUGAGUGGCUCAACCAUAGCUUCCUUUACGGGGGUAUUACUUUUAUACAGUGGGGAGAACAAGUAUUUGAUACACUGCCAAUUUUGCAGAUUUUCCUAUUUACAAAGCAUGUAGAGGUCUGUAAUUUUUAUCAUAGGUACACUUCAACUGUGAGAGACGGAAUCUAAAACAAAAAUCCAGAAAAUCACAUUGUAUGACUUUUAAGUAAUUAAUUUGCUUUUUAUUGCAUGACAUAAGUAUUUGAUACAUCAGAAAAGCAGAACUUAAUAUUUGGUACAGAAACCUUUGUUUGCAAUUACAGAGAUCAUACGUUUCCUGUAGGUCUUGACCAGGUUUGCACACACUGCAGCAGGGAUUUUGGCCCACUCCUCCAUACAGACCUUCUCCAGAUCCUUCAGGUUUCGGGGCUGUCGCUGGGCAAUACGGACUUUCAGCUCCCUCCAAAGAUUUUCUAUUGGGUUCAGGUCUGGAGACUGGCUAGGCCACUCCAGGACCUUGAGAUGCUUCUUACGGAGCCACUCCUUAGUUGCCCUGGCUGUGUGUUUCGGGUCGUUGUCAUGCUGGAAGACCCAGCCACGACCCAUCUUCAAUGCUCUUACUGAGGGAAGUAGGUUGUUGGCCAAGAUCUCGCGAUACAUGGCCCCAUCCAUCCUCCCCUCAAUACGGUGCAGUCGUCCUGUCCCCUUUGCAGAAAAGCAUCCCCAAAGAAUGAUGUUUCCACCUCCAUGCUUCACGGUUGGGAUGGUGUUCUUGGGGUUGUACUCAUCCUUCUUCUUCCUCCAAACACGGCGAGUGGAGUUUAGACCAAAAAGCUAUAUUUUUGUCUCAUCAGACCACAUGACCUUCUCCCAUUCCUCCUCUGGAUCAUCCAGAUGGUCAUUGGCAAACUUCAGACGGGCCUGGACAUGCGCUGGCUUGAGCAGGGGGACCUUGCGUGCGCUGCAGGAUUUUAAUCAAUGACGUUGUAGUAUGUUACUAAUGGUUAUCUUUGAGACUGUGGUCCCAGCUCUCUUCAGGUCAUUGACCAGGUCCUGCCGUGUAGUUCUGGGCUGAUCCCUCACCUUCCUCAUGAUCAUUGAUGCCCCACGAGGUGAGAUCUUGCAUGGAGCCCCAGACCGAAGGUGAUUGACCGUCAUCUUGAACUUCUUCCAUUUUUUUUUGCGGUUGGAGUCUGUUUGAUUGAGUGUGUGGACAGGUGUCUUUUAUACAGGUAACGAGUUCAAACAGGUGCAGUUAAUACAGGUAAUGAGUGGAGAACAGGAGGGCUUCUUAAAGAAAAACUAACAGGUCUGUGAGAGCCGAAAUUCUUACUGGUUGGUAGGUGAUCAAAUACUUAUGUCAUGCAAUAAAAUGCAAAUUAAUUACUUAAAAAUCAUACAAUAUGUUUUAGAUUCCGUCUCUCACAGGUGAAGUGUACCUAUGAUAAAAAUUACAGACCUCUACAUGCUUUGUAAGUAGGAAAACCUGCAAAAUCGGCAGUGUAUCAAAUACUUGUUCUCCCCACAGUAUAUAUAUAUAUAUAUACAGUGGGGGGAAAAAGUAUUUAGUCAGCCACCAAUUGUGCAAGUUCUCCCACUUAAAAAGAUGAGAGAGGCCUGUAAUUUUCUUCAUAGGUACACGCCAACUAUGACAGACAAAUUGAGAUUUUUUUUUCCAGAAAAUCACAUUGUAGGAUUUUUUAUGAAUUUAUUUGCAAAUUAUGGUGGAAAAUAAGUAUUUGGUCACCUACAAACAAGCAAGAUUUCUGGCUCUCACAGACCUGUAACUUCUUCUUUAAGAGGCUCCUCUGUCCUCCACUCGUUACCUGUAUUAAUGGCACCUGUUUGAACUUGUUAUCAGUAUAAAAGACACCUGUCCACAACCUCAAACAGUCACACUCCAAACUCCACUAUGGCCAAGACCAAAGAGCUGUCAAAGGACACCAGAAACAAAAUUGUAGACCUGCACCAGGCUGGGAAGACUGAAUCUGCAAUAGGUAAGCAGCUUGGUUUGAAGAAAUCAACUGUGGGAGCAAUUAUUAGGAAAUGGAAAACAUACAAGACCCCUGAUAAUCUCCCUCGAUCUGGGGCUCCACACAAGAUCUCACUCCGUGGGGUCAAAAUGAUCACAAGAACGGUGAGCAAAAAUCCCAGAACCACACGGUGGGACCUAGUGAAUGACCUGCAGAGAGCUGGGACCAAAGUAACAAAGCCUAACAUCAGUAACACACUACGCCGCCAGGGACUCAAAUCCUGCAAUGCCAGACGUGUCCCCCUGCUUAAGCCAAUACAUGUCCAGGCCCGUCUGAAGUUUGCAUUUGGAUGAUCCAGAAGAGGAUUGGGAGAAUGUCAUAUGGUCAGUUGAAACCAAAAUAUAACUUUUUGGUAAAAACUCAACUCGUCGUGUUUGGAGGACAAAGAAUGCUGAGUUGCAUCCAAAGAACACCAUACCUACUGUGAAGCAUGGGGGUGGAAACAUCAUGCUUUGGGGCUCUUUUUCUGCAAAGGGACCAGGACGACUGAUCCGUGUAAAGGAAAUAAUGAAUGGGGCCAUGUAUCGUGAGAUUUUGAGUGAAAACCUCCUUCCAUCAGCAAGGGCAUUGAAGAUGAAACGUGGCUGGGUCUUUCAGCAUGACAAUGAUCCCAAACACACCGCCCGGGCAACGAAGGAGUGGCUUCGUAAGAAGCAUUUCAAGGUCCUGGAGUGGCCUAGCCAGUCUCCAGAUCUCAACCCCAUAGAAAAUGAGGGAGUUGAAAGUCCGUGUUGCCCAGCGACAGCCCCAAAACAUCACUGCUCUAGAGGAGAUCUGCAUGGAGGAAUGGGCCAAAAUACCAGCAACAGUGUGUGAAAACCUUGUGAAGACUUACAGAAAACGUUUGACCUGUGUCAUUGCCAACAAAGGGUAUAUAACAAAGUAUUGAGAAACUUUUGUUAUUGACCAAAUACUUAUUUUCCACCAUAAUUUGCAAAUACAUUCAUUAAAAAUCCUACAAUGUGAUUUUCUGGAAAAAAAAUUCUCAUUUUGUCUGUCAUAGUUGACGUGUACCUAUGAUGAAAAUUACAGGCCUCUCUCAUCUUUUUAAGUGGGAGAACUUGCACAAUUGGUGGCUGACUAAAUACUUUUUUCCCCCACUGUAUACAGCUCUGGAAAAUAUUAAGAGACCACUGCAAAAUUAUCAGUUUCUCUGGUUUUACUAUUUAUAGGUAUGUGUUUGGGUAAAAUUAACCUUUUUUUAAAUUCUAUAAACUACUGACAACAUUUCUCACAAAUUCCAAAUAAAAAGAUUGUCAUUUAGAGCAUUUAUUUGCAGAAAAUGACAACUGUUCAAAAUAACAAAAAAGAUGCAGUGUUGUCAGACCUCGAUUAAUGCAAAGAAAAUAAGUUCAUGUUCAUUUUUAAACAACACAAUACUAAUGUUUUAACUUAGAAAGAGUUCAUAAAUCAAUAUUUGGUGGAAUGACCCUGAUUUUCAAUCACAGCUUUCAUGCGUCUUGGCAUGCUCUCCACCAGUCUUUCACAUUGAUGUUGGGUGACUUUAUGCCACUCCUGGCGCAAAAAUUCAAGCAGCUCGGCUUUGUUUGAUGGCUUGUGACCAUCCAUCUUCCUCUUGAUCACAUUCCAGAAGUUUUCAAUGGGGUUCAGGUCUGGAGAUUGGGCUGGCCAUGACAGGGUCUUGAUCUGGUGGUCCUCCAUCCACACCUUGAUUGACCUGGCUGUGUGGCAUGGCGCAUUGUCCUGAUGGAAAAACCAAUCCUCAGAGUUGGGGAACAAUGUCAGAGCAAAAGGAAGCAGGUUUUCUUCCAGGACAACCUUGUACGUGGCUUGAUUCAUGCGUCCUUCACAAAGACAAAUCUGCCCGAUUCCAGCCUUGCUGAAGCACCCCCAGAUCAUCGCCGAUCCUCCACCAAAUUUCACAGUGGGUGCGAGACACUGUGGCUUGUAGGCCUCUCCAGGUCUCCGUCUAACCAUUAGACGACCAGGUGUUGGGCAAAGCUGAAAAUUGGACUCAUCAGAGAAAAUGACCUUACUCCAGUCCUCUACGGUCCAAUCCUUAUGGUCUUUUGCAAACCUCAGCCUGGCUCUUCUUUGCUUCUCAUUGAUGAAGGGCUUUUUUCUAGCUUUGCACAACUUCAGCCCUGCCCCUAGGAGCCUGUUUCGAACCGUCCUCGCCGUGCACUUCACCCCAGCUGCCGUUUGCCAUUAUUUUUGUAGGUCACUUGAUGUCAUCCUACGGUUGUUGAGUGACAUUCAAAUGAGUUGGCGGUCAUCCCGGUCAGUAGAGAGUCGUUUUCACCCUGUGCCGGUCUGUAGCUUUGUUGUCCCCAAUGUCUGCUGCUUUACCUUGUUCUUAUGAACCACCGUCUAUGACAUUUUAAGGACGGAAGCAACCUGACGCUCACUGUAUCCCUCUGCCAGUAAAGCCAGAAUUGAACCCUUCAUUUCCUCACUCAAAACUUUCCUUUUCAACUCUUUUGGCAUGGUCCAUUGUUAUUUUUUGAUUAAUAUUACUUUUGAGGUACUAUUAGCACUGUUUUUGCCAUCCAGCUGGUCCUAUUGCAAGAGGAUAGUGAUGACCACAGCAGUGGUUUUUAUACUUUUCCUCGUUAAAUAAGAUUUGGUUCAUGUGAUCACCUAAUCAGUACCUAAUUCAGUAGAAUGAGGUGUGCCUGUGUUGGAAUUCAACAAACACUGGAAUGGAAUGGCUGUCAUACAUGUAGAGAUGCUGAUUUAAGAAACAUUUGCAGUGGUCUCUUAAUUUUUUCCAGAGCUGUAUAUAUAUAUAUAUAUAUAUAUAUAUAUAUAUAUAUAUAUAUAUAUAUAUAUAUACAUACAUACAUACAUACAUACAUACAUACAUACACACACACACACACACACACACACACACACACACACACCACACACACACACACACACACACACACACACACACACACACACACACACACACACACACACACACACACACACACACACCACCAGUAGUGUGCGAUUUAAUAAUUUUGAAUGGAGACACUACCGUAUUUCAGAUUUACGUCAUCGACAGUGCAGACAGAAAAAGAUUUGAGGAGACGGGACAGGUGAGUUUUCUUUCUCUUCAGUGAUGUUCGUGGGCUGUGUAAUGUGCAUAUUCUGCGUAUACAUAAGUUUAUAUUGGGAUCCCAUGCUGAUGCGUGCUUGUGUUCUAGGAGCUGGCUGAGCUGUUGGAUGAGGAGAAGCUGAGUGGGGUUCCAGUGCUGAUCUUUGCCAACAAGCAAGACCUGCUGACGGCUGCCCCAGCUUCUGAGAUCGCUGAGGGACUCAACCUGCACACUAUCCGGGACCGCGUCUGGCAGAUCCAGUCCUGCUCCGCCCUCACCGGAGAGGGGGUACAGGUGAGACACCAGCCAUAACCCAUCCAUCUACAACAGGGGUUGGGGUCAAUUCAUGUUUUCAAUUCAGGAAGUGACAUUUUAUUCUCUUUCUGUUUCCUUUCAGGACGGAAUGAACUGGGUCUGCAAGAGCGUCAACGCUAAGAAGAAGUAG